UGACAUUUGAUUUUAAGCCAUAAUUCACUUUGUUUACAUACUUUGCCUGUCAGAAUUCAUUUAUUCUGCACUUAACAAGUUUUAGUUUGUUUCACCGUGGAUGCUAUAUGUAGGUUGAGAAUGGAUGUUUUGAAUAAACUGAAGUCUGCUGUGAGCAGUGCUCUGCCAGGAAUUCCUUUGGCCAAGGACUUUGAGAUGCUUGGUCAGACAGGUAGUGCUGGACCCGGCCUUCUAUGGAAGAUACAUGAUGGAAUGAAGAGAACUACCAAACAGGAAGCUUCAGUGUUUGUAUGUGAGAAGAAACAGUUGGAAAGGUACUCAAGGCAAGACCGGGAACUUAUACUGGAUAUCUUGAAGAAAGGUGUGUCACAACUGACCAGACUGCGACAUCCAAAGAUUCUGUCUGUUAUCCAUCCCAUGGAGGAAUCCAGGGAAUACCUGGCCUUUGCCACAGAGCCAGUCUUUGCCAGCUUGUCAAAUGUGUUAGGGCACCAUGACAACCUUCCUGAACCGCUGCCCAAAGAUUUACAGGACUACAAGCUCUAUGAAGUGGAGAUAAAGUAUGGCCUUUUGCAGGUUGCAGAAGCAUUAGCCUUCCUCCACAACAGUGUCAAGCUCCUGCACAGGAACAUCUGCCCUCAAAGUAUAUUGGUGAACAAGUCAGGCUCCUGGAAGCUGGCCGGUUUUGACUUUUCAGUGCCUAACAAAAACACAGAGGAUCAAGCUCCUCUGUUUGAGUUUGUCGAGUGGGAUGCUGGUGUACCUCCCCUUGCUCAGCCCAACUUGGACUUCCUGGCCCCAGAAUAUGCACUCACAAUGACCUGUAGUCUGGCCAGUGAUAUGUUCUCCUUUGGCGUUCUCCUCUAUUCCCUGUUUAAUGAAGGUAGACCCCUCUAUGAAUGUCAUGGACAGCUGUCAACAUUUAGGAAAAAUGCAGAUGAGUUGAAACGACUGAAGAUUUCUAUCUUGGGCUGUGUACCCCAGGAGCUGAGGGAUUACAUGAAGAUGUUACUGAAUGCUGAAGCUACAGUCAGGCCAGAUGCUGACCAAGUCUCAAAGAUAAGUUACUUUGUGGAGGACAUUGGGCCUGUGACCCUUCAGUAUAUGGACACACUCUUCCAGAGGGACAACCUCCAGAAAUCACAGUUUUUCAAAGGUUUACCUCAAAUCUUGACCAAGCUUCCAAAGAGAGUGAACUUGCAGCGUAUUCUGCCAGCAUUGUUCAAAGAAGCAGUCAACCAUGACAUGAUACCAUUCCUGCUGCCCAGUAUUCUGUACAUUGCUGAAGGAGCCACUAACCAGGAGUAUGUCAGGUGCAUCCUGCCUGAGCUGAUACCCAUCUUUAGGAUACAGGAGCCAAUCCAGAUUUUAUUUAUAUUCUUAAAAAACAUGAGUCUGUUGUUGAACAAGACACCCACUGAUGCCAUUAAGACUCAUGUGCUGCCGAUGGUGUACAAGUCAUUGGAGGCUCAGAACCCACAGAUACAGGAGCUAUGCCUAGGUAUAAUCCCAACGUUUGCUGGUCUCAUUGAUUAUGGGGCUAUGAAGAACGCCAUUGUCCCACGGAUAAAGAGACUCUGUCUGGGUACAUCAACAUUAACAGUGCGUGUGAACUGUUUAUUGUGCUUGGGCAAACUGCUGGAGUUCAUGGACAAAUGGUAUGUCUUGGAUGACAUCUUACCCAUGCUACAGCAAAUCCCCACUAAGGAACCAGCUGUACUCAUGAGCAUACUGGGUAUCUACAGGGUGACCAUGACUCACAAAAAGCUUGGACUCACCAAAGAUGUGAUUGUUAAUAAAGUGCUGCCCUUCCUCAUACCCAUCUCUUUUGAUAACAACCUGAAUCUACAACAGUUCAGUGCAUUCAUGACAACUGUGAAGGAGAUGUUCAACAUUGUAGAAUCCGAGCACAGAGCAAAGCUGGAACAGAUCAGUUCCAUGCAGCAGGAACAAAGAACAAUAGAGUUCCCAAAGGUCAGCAAUGAAAACAGUAUUGGAGAUGGCAAACAUAACCAAGAUUCCAUGAUGGACAAAUUCCUGAGUGGUUUUGGUCUAGGUGGUAUGUUUGCGGGAGGGACCAGUAGUCAGGUGUCCAGCCCAGUUAACCCAGAUUUGUCCACCCUGUCUGGAGGGGCAUUGGCUAAGCCAGACACCCCAAAGAAGCUCUCCCCACCUGCCUUACCUGAGGGCCGUCUUCCUUCUCAACCUGCUCAGGUGUCCUUAAGUCUAGAGGAAAAGAAAAAGUUGGCCAGAGAACAGGAGCAACAACAACGAUACAAGUCACAAAAAGCUAUUGCCCCAUCAUCGUCAAAGGCUAAAACACCAACAACACAGUCAAAAGAUUUGACAUCAACACUGAUGAACAAGAAUUUGACAAACCUAGCUAAGCCCAAUUAUAAUGUGAGCUCAUCUGGUUACCCACAGACCUCUAACAGCAUGUACGGACAGUCCAACAUUGCUCCCUCCCCACGAUAUAACCCAUCAGGACCAGGGAAUAGUGCUUUAACAUCAAGUUCAUUCAGCUCUCAGUCAAGUUUGGGGUCAGGUUCUAAAGUGGACAUGUCAGCUUUUGAUAGCUUAAUACCAUCAUCAUCAGGCAGCUCAAAUACUGGGAAAAAGUCACUAAACCAGUUGUCCCAGAAUUCUAGUGGUUCUCAGUCCGCCAUGUCACCUACUGGACUUCCACAGCAAAGGAUGAUGGGUAACAUGCAGCCGUAUGGUAUGAUGGGAAACCAGGGAAUGAUGAGGCUUCCAAACAUGAUGGGGAACCAGUGGUCUGCUCAGGGCAUGGGGAUGUCUGGACUUAAUGGAAGCCGUGGACAGCAGCCUGCGUAUGGACAGGGCUUUAAUGGAAUGGGAUUUCCUCAACAUACUUUAUCUCCACAAAACCCACAGCCUUUCCCAGGCUCCUCCAGUCAGAAGCUGUCACAGUCAGACCUGAAUGACUUGUUAGGAUGAACAGUCAGACUUCAAAAGGGCACAGUGAAGAGUUUCUAAUGAAUUUCAAUUUUUUUCAUAUUUCUGGUAUUGAUCAGAUCAUAGUCCAGUGGUUGGAGGCGCUUACCUUUCAAUCAGUAAGACAAACGAGGUGCAAAUUCAAACCUGGACACCCCCACUCUCUGCUUGUAGGGGCAUUGUUGAAGAUAAGCUGUCAUCAAAAGUUACAUAUCUGUGCAGGCGUACAUCACAUGCGGGAAAGUUUGUCAGUGACUUUUAUAAAGGUCUGUGGUUUGAGCAAAGAACUCUCAUUUCUCCCACCCAUAAAACUGACCACCAUUGUAUGAGUGAAAAAAUUUUGAGUACUGCAUUAGACGACAAUCCAUGUCCAACUACAUGUGUACUAUAAAACUUAAAAGCAUAUUUUAAGGGAAAAUUUUGUUUGCAAGAAACUUGUAUUAUUUAUUCAGGCAUCAGAAUUUAUUUUCUUUUUUGAAGAUUUGCUGGCAAAGUGCUGUUUACACUGCCUUGAAUUCAAUACUGGUAUAUUAUAUCAUAACCUCGGUGGCAUACAUAGAUGCUCAUGUGGCCCUUUGCACUUGUCUCCCGCCAGUAUGGUUUACAGAUCACAUAUGGGAAAGUUUGUCAGGGACUUUCCAAAUGUCUGUGGUUUAAGCAAAGCACUCCUGUUUCCUCCACCCAUAAAACUGUCCACCAUUGUAUAAGUAAAAAAAUUUUGAUUAUUGCUUUAAAAUGCCAAUUUAAUAAACAGAUAAUCCUGAUGGCUGUAGUAAAAUGUAGGUAAAAUUAUUUUAGUCUGCCUUAAAUAUUUAAAUGAAUUUCUUUACUGCUGCUCAUAUAUUUGGUAACAUAUUUUUUUUUCUUUGCAUCGUAAAUGUUUUAAAACCAUGUCAGACUACUUUAAAACUUUAUAAAACUACCCACAGCAGAUUUUAAGAGAAAAUUUA